CAGCUGGUGCUCAAGAUCGAAUUGGCUGGGCAUUUGGCUUAGGCUUAGAAAGAUUGGCCAUGAUUCUUUAUGACAUCCCUGACAUCCGGCUCUUCUGGAGUGAGGAUGAACGCUUUCUCAAGCAGUUCCGCGUGUCAGACAUCAAUCAGAAGGUGAAGUUUCAGCCUCUUAGCAAAUACCCUGCUGUGACAAAUGACAUUUCAUUCUGGUUGCCCUCUGAGAAUUACGCAGAGAACGAUUUCUAUGAUUUAGUCCGAACAAUCGGAGGAGACCUGGUGGAAAAGGUUGAUCUCAUAGACACAUUUGAGCAUCCAAAGACACUCAGGACCAGCCACUGUUACCGAAUCACCUACCGCCACAUGGAGAGGACAUUGUCCCAGAGAGAGGUCAGCAGUGUCCACCAGGCUGUGCAGGAGGCUGUGGUGCAGCUGCUGGGCGUGGAGGGCCGCUUCUGAUAUCGCCGCCCCACCCAGGCCAUGGUGCCAGCAUUUGCUGAAAGCAGAAAAGGCAUUGUUUGGAAUUAGAACAUCAGUUACCUUUUGAUAAAUGUGUAGGUUUUAGGACUUUCAGGAAUAAAGGCUCACUCUUGAUAAAAUGUUGACA